AGUAUUCAAAACAAUUAUUUUUAUCAAUUAGAUACUUCUGACGGAUAUCCCGUCAGAAGUACCUCUGUACCUACUGUCCACACACUUUCUUAUCACUUCUCAUCUAACUUUUUUCAUUCCAAGCCACAUUCACUCUUCACUCUUCACUCUUUAAACAUAGAUGUAUAUUGACUAAUGAAUCAAGGCCAACAUUUUGAGUUCAUAUCUUCCUUUCAUCGAUGUGAGUAUUUAAAAUUCUUGAUAAAUAACUUGUUGAUGUUUUUAUGUUUAAAUUAAAUUUAUGUUGUGUGCAUAUGUGAUUCAUAUACUUGUGUGCAAGUGUAGGUAUAUAUGAUAUGUUUAAACUUUCAUGAGCAUUCAUUAAAAUUGAAUAAUAAACAUAAACAUUAUUUUGAAUAUUUAUAAUUCAAUAUUGGUGUAAAUUUUAUCUUUGAUUUAUAUGUCAUUUUUUGCAUUGUUUAGAUGUCUAUGGAUCGUACUUGGAUUGGUAGAAGAUCCAAUCCGAAUGGUUAUGGUUUUACAGACGAGUAUUUUGCCGGAGUGGAUGAAUUUCUAGAAUUUGCGCAAAGAAAUUGUAGAGAGCCAAAUGGUCUUAUCUUAUGUCCAUGUAAGGUGUGCAAAAAUCAGCACUUAAAGAGUGUAAUGGAAGUCAAGUAUGAUCUGAUUGCAGUUGGAUUUCUCGAGAGUUAUGUUGUAUGGUAUUAUCACGGGGAAGUUGUUGCUAGUGGUUCGAGUAAUCAACGACGAAAUAUUCAGUUUAGAGAUGUGUUUGAUCAAACAGAAAUGUUGAGAGAUGCGUUUGGGGAGGAUUAUAUUAACCAUGAAGAGCCUAACAUGCAAGCAGCUGAAUUUUUGAAUAAUGUGAAUGGUUAUGGGGCCCCUAUAUAUCCGGGAAACACAAAAUAUACGCAGCUGACUUUUGUUAUGAAAUUACUACAUUUUAAAAAUCGUCAUGGUUGUAGUGAAAAUGGCUUUAAUGAGCUGCUCUUCCUACUUCGAGAUGUAUUUCCGGAGCAUCACAAAAUACCAGAAAAUUAUAAUGACUGUAAGAAGAUGGUCAAGAAGUUGAACUUGGGUUACGAAAAAAUACAUGCUUGUGAGAAUGAUUGCAUGUUGUUUUAUGGUGAUGAUAGUCAUAGAAAGUAUUGCAAGCAUUGUAAGUUGAGCCGAUACAAAGAUCCCAAGGUAGGGGGAGUCGUACAAUUCCAAGGAAGAUCUUAAGAUAUUUUCGUCUUACUGAUCGUCUACAACGGCUCUAUAUGUCUGGACGUACUGCUGAACAAAUGCGGUGGUACAAAAAUAGAAUUGUGACAGAUGGAGUCAUAACUCACCCUGCAGAUGGAGAUGAAUGGAAAGAAUUUGAUAGGAAUUAUCCUGAUUUUGCACUAGAAGGACGUAAUGUAAGAAUUGGGCUUGCAACUGACGGUUUCCCCCCUAUAGCAAUGAAGCGCUACUUGGAGAUAUGCGCAGAGAAGGGCAUCGAUCCUAAAAAAACUCAGAUUCGAAGUUGGAUAGAUGCUGUUGGUCUAAAGAAGAAUAAAAUUCUGGGAUUUCCUAAGCUUCGAGCUUCUGAUAUUAUCGGCUAUAAGGGACGUAGGGCGACCAGAAAAGGUGAGGGAGGGUCGGGAAGAUCUACUCUCACUCGCCUACGCGAUGAUCUGCUUAUGCGUGUAGUUGAUGAAACCCUUGCCCAUGCUCGGUCACAUCCUCAAGAUUACCAACUAACUGCAGAUCAAAUUCAGCUUCUUGCACAAGAUUUUGUGGAUGGAGAGUCUCAUCUCCCUGCAGACCAUCCUAUUACGCAACAACUUCAGAACCAGAUCAUCCAGGUGAUGGUUGACGUACUCAAUCAUUUGUACAAGACGCAGGGUCCAGGCAAAGUAAAGGGGAAAGCACAUGCUGAAGAUGAUGGUGAUGAUCAUGACGAGGGUGGUGGCGAUAGUGAUGACAAUGACAAUGAUGGCGAUGGCGAUGUUGGUUCCUAUAAGAGAUCUGAUGGUGCAAUUAGAAUCACAGGGUAGCUUACUUGGUUUUCAUUUUAAGUAAGAGAUAUUUUGGUAUUCUCUACAAGCUUUUGUACUCUUCAAAUGUAGUGGACAAGUAGCUAGCUCUUUAUGUUGUAUGAUAUCCACGAAACUUUGCUACUGUUGGUUUUGCUUUGUAUCUAAGUUUAACUUAAACUCGUGACUUUAUGGUAUUGUAAAUUAGUAGCUUUUCUUUCAAUUUCGGUUGUGUUGAUGGUUUAAUGCUAUAGCGGCUAGUUUAUUAUACAGAGGAUAUGUUUUAAUGUUUGGAAGUCUAUUUGGUAUUGCUGUUGUUUGUUGUUGAUUAGAGCCAAUUUGGCUGGGAAAUGAAAAAACAGGGUAAAGAUCUCUUUGGCAGGGCAAACUUCCAACAACAUGUCUGUCAAAAAUUCGCAAAAGAAGCUGUCAAAAGUUUAUACAUGUGACAGCCAUAAUCGUCGGAAUAACAUACUUUUGACCGCAGGGAGGUUACACAACAUUUGUUGGAAAUUAAUUCUUCUUACAU